GUCGAGCCGCGCACAUUCGUGUGUACACCGCGCUCCCCAAAGGUUCGGCUACCACGUUAACGGUUAUUUCUUUUCUGUGACACAAAGAAAGAGGAUCGCCUUGAAGAGCUCGGUUACUUCGUAGUGUGAAAGGCCGACUUAACGUUCCCGACAGUCGAGCAGGGAAACGCUUCCGGUGGACAGGAACAGCUGUCAUCGAAUAACAGCGAAGUGAAAAGAGACAGUAAAUCUUGGUGAAUAUUUACGCGCGUGUAUCAGCCUUCAUUAGGGGUAGAAUCGAGUUGAGAGAAUAGGGCGACAGAUUUGUAAAAAUGGAUAGUGCAGUGAUUUAAAUUAAUAUGAGGAUUACACGACCAACUAGUAGAAUAUUUACAGGAACAGAAGAAGCGAAGGUUUUGGAAGAGAAUUGAACGAUAGUAAAUUGGUGAACAGAACGGUGAACAAUCGAAUGAAAUCCGAAAGUACAUGGAACUAAUCUUAUCAGUGAAAGUCCGUUGGUCCUCGUGCAGAGAGGAAGAUUAAGGGCCUGAAUAUUUGGCAGUGUGUAGAAAUUAAAAGUUCAGAUCGAUGCUGAUCGAGAAAGAGUAGCCGAGCGAAACAAAAUAUAGUUUCACGAUGACGUUUCUCCGCGCGGCGAACAUACCGAGAGACCGUUGAUGGAGCAGAAAGAAAUCGUUUCAACGGCUCGAAGAUGACCGUUGCGAUGGAACACAAACGUAAGAGCUCGUGGGAUUCGAAGAUAUCAGUAAGCACGGUAAGCACUAGAAGAUUCAGCCGUGCUGGUACUCCUAGUUCGAUCCUGUCAUCAGACAGUGACAUUCGAUUCACGAGGAAGCUUGGCGGACAGUAUCGGUGCGGAUGCUGCGUGUUAGCCGCGUUCUUGCUCUUCCUCCUCUUUUCCGGGGUUUCCAUAUACCUCGGCUACACGUUCCUAACAUCGGAUCCGCCAGGUGAUCAAAUUUUCUUGGCCACAUUCCGUGUGACCGAAGGAGAUUCUUUCACAUCGGAACUAGCAGAUCCAUCUACUGAAGCCUUUCGAAUACGAUCGCGGGAGUAUCGCGAUCGGUUAAAUCUCAUUUUUCGCCGCAGCUGGCUAAGAAUAUCUUUUCUGGCUGCGGAAGUAUUAGCGUUGGAUGGAUCCGAAGGCGGUGAUUUAGUGGUACACUUUGAGAUCCGAUUCGAUCCACGGUAUCAGACCAUUACCACUGCCCACGUCGUCGAUCUUCUAACUCGAGAGAUCAAUCCGGAAACCACCAAGUAUUUGACGAAUUUGACGAUCGAUUCCCAAAGCCUUGAAGUUCAGGAAAGCUUUCAAGCUCUGAACGCUCAGGUCAGUUUACAAACGACUGUCUCGACGCUACCAACGACGACCACGCAGCCACCCCCUAGAAGAUGCAGCAGCAUAGAUUUGUCUUACUGCAGACAUCUUCCGUAUAAUGUCACGUCCUAUCCGAAUAUAUUAGGACACCGCUCGUUGGCUGACGUCGAAGAGGACGUGAUCGCUUUCAGGGAACUAGUCGACGCGGAAUGUUACCGAUUGGCGUACGACUUCGUGUGCCAAGUGUUGCAACCGGCAUGCAUACCGAAUCAGCCGGAAGACUUGCUGCAACUACCGUGUCGAAGUUUUUGCCGCGAAUUCUGGAACGGAUGCGGGAGCCGACUUCCAGACAAAAUCAAAAAGUUGUUGGACUGCUCGAACUUCCCGGAGUAUGCGGACCAGGGCGGUUGCCGAGCGAAACCAGGAUGCGUGCAAGCGCUCCAGGCGAAAGCAUUGUCGCCGAGAAUUUGCGACGGCGUGAUCGACUGCCCUGACCUUUCGGACGAGAAGAAUUGCGCUUAUUGUUACGACGGGUACAUGCACUGCGGUGUGGGCAGAACUUGCAUUCCGCGGAGUAAGAGAUGCGACGGGAAGGUCGACUGUGCCAAUGGAAGCGACGAAAAGGACUGCCUAUCUUUAGCACUAAACAUUCGGUCCGCGAAGUCGCAGCCUAUGGACACCCCAUUCGCUUUAAAGUACAAUAGCGAAGGAUUCGUGGUGUUCAAUGAAAAGGGUACCAUCGGGAAACUAUGCACCGCGAACCUAAACGCGACAUUACCGGGAACGGAAAUGGAAACUGUUCUCCAGACUGCCGCGAAUUCUUUGUGCACUCUGUUGACAUACACCGGUGUAAAAUCUGUCGAAGUUCGAGUCGACGACGAGGAGGAUGUUCAAUACGUACACAUGGAGGAUCCGUCAGCUACGGAGAUUACGUUCGUCAGAGCGCCCUGUCCGAGCAAGGAAGUUUUGGAAGAAAUCGCUCUAAUUUAAUACAUUGUGUUAGAAUGCGGCGUGCAGUCUUUACAUCCAAAGAGUGGUACCCGAGGCUUGAAUAAAAUGGCUGAACCAGGAGAUUGGCCUUGGCACGUGGCACUCUUCAAAGAAGAAGUGCACGUAUGCGAUGCUACGCUCGUGGCGGAGAACUGGUUGAUUACAACAUCGUCUUGUUUCCAGGGUCAACCAAAAGCGGAAUGGUCCGCGAGAAUGGGCACGAUCCGUUUAUCGAGUACUUCUCCGUGGCAACAGGAACGUAGAAUCGUAGGUAUGAUUAAAUCACCGGUAGAAGGAAGCACUACAGUUCUUUUAAAACUGGAUCGACCGGUGACCACGUUCUCUGAUUUCGUGAGGCCUGUUUGUCUACCCUCGAGUCAAGACCCACCGAUGAACGUGUCCCAUUGCAACACCCUCGGAUGGGCCAGAAACCGAGAUUUACUACAGAGGGUGCAACUUAGGCACAGUGCAAUGGAACGGUGCGAAAACAUUAGCAUCGCGUCGGUGAACAGUGUCUGCACGGAACCGGCCUAUUCUACUGAUGAUUGCAAUGAAGAAGAAGUUGCUGGCAGUCCUAUGUUAUGCCUUCAGUCAGAUGGUCGUAGAUGGGCGCUAACCGGUGUCAGCAGUUGGCGAAUAGCCUGUUCGAAAACAGGCGUCGAAAGGCCUCGAUUGUACGACAAAGUUUCCUCGAAUAUCGCCUGGAUAAAGUCCACAAUCGAAUAGAUUCUUACACAUAAAGUAUUAUUUAAUUAAUCAACGAGAACUGACAAGGACUGAAAUUGUAUGCGCGGUAUGGAAUUGUUUUUCGCCUCGUUAAACAGUUUUGAAACGCUAAGACUAGUUUAAUUGUUAACUUGAACGGGCUGUAAACUGCACAAACGUGACAUUGUAAAUUAACGCAUUAAUUAUAUCACGUUAUCACUGCAUACAAGUAACCGUGAUUUGUCCGUGUCGAACCGUGCAAACCGAUUGUAAAGUUGUAUUUUGUAGAUGAUCCGUUAUUUUGUAUCACUGUAUGUGUUACGGUCUUGUAAAGAGAAUUCUUUUAUUAAAAUAUACAUAUAAGUACCCUAGACUAAAAAAUAA